AUGGAUCCGCCACGUAAUGUGCAUUCAUCAUCCCAUUAUGGUUUUCCAAUCAUGGCCAUAGCCAUUAUAGGCAUAUUAGCCAUUGGUUUCUUGUUAGUCACUUACUACAUUUUUGUCAUGAAAUGCUGCUUGAAUUGGCAAAGGAUUGAACUUUCAAGGCAAUUUUCAUCCUCGAUAAGACGACAUACUGAAAACCCUUUAACUAUUCACUCACCUGAAAAUCAAGGACUGAACGAAUCAAUUAUUCGUUCAAUCCCCCUUUUUAGGUACAAGAAAAGUGAAUGGAUUAACAAUGCAAGUACUACAUGUGAAUGUGUUGUUUGUUUGAGUGAAUUUCAAGAAGAUGAAAAUCUCAAAGUCAUUCCAAAUUGUCACCAUUUUUUUCACAUUGAUUGUAUUGACAUUUGGCUACAAAAUAACACAAAUUGUCCACUUUGCAGAAAUAGCCUCUUAUCACACAUUACAAGAAAGUUCCCUUUAGAUCAAAUCAUCAUUCCUCAAGAUCAAGAUCCUCAAAUAAGUAAUAAUUUCAUAGAAGAAGAUUAUGUUGUGAUAGAAAUAAUUGGAAUUCAAGAAAGAUUAAAUUCAAGGGAAUUAUCAACAGGGCAUUUAUCAACUAGCCAUUGUGCUAACAAAAUUGAACCAAAAGUCACAAGAAAGAAAGUCAAAAAAUUGAGUCAUGAAUGCAUUGACAUAAGAAACAAGGAUGAACAAUUUAUAAUUCAACCAAUUAGGAGAUCGUUUUCUAUGGAUUCAUCGUCGGAUCGACGAAUUUAUCGUACCAAUUGAGGAGAUUAUGCAGCAACAGAGGCAAGUGAGUCAUGUUAAAAGAUCAUGUUUUUCAUUUGGACAUGGAAGAGGAUCAAAAA